GCGAGUCUCGGCGGCCCGGAACCGGCCUGGGAAGAGUGGCUGAACUUCAGGCCGCCAGCCCUCCCGCCCCAUGGAGCGGCCCCCGGGGCUGCGGCCGGGCGCGGGCGGGCCUUGGGAGAUGCGGGAGCGGCUGGGCACUGGCGGCUUUGGGAACGUCUGUCUGUACCAGCAUCGGGAACUUGAUGUUAAAAUAGCAAUUAAAUCAUGUCGCCUAGAACUAAGUACCAAAAACAGAGAACGGUGGUGUCAUGAAAUCCAGAUCAUGAAGAAGUUGAACCACGCCAAUGUUGUAAAGGCCUGUGAUGUACCUGAGGAAUUGAAUUUUUUAAUUAAUGAUGUACCUCUUCUAGCAAUGGAAUACUGUUCUGGAGGAGAUCUCCGGAAGCUACUCAAUAAACCAGAAAAUUGCUGUGGACUUAAAGAAAGCCAGAUACUUUCUUUACUGAGUGAUAUAGGGUCUGGGAUCCGAUAUUUGCAUGAAAACAAAAUAAUACAUCGUGAUCUAAAACCUGAAAACAUAGUUCUUCAGGAUGUUGGUGGAAAGAUUAUGCAUAAAAUAAUUGAUCUAGGAUAUGCCAAAGAUGUUGAUCAAGGAAGUCUGUGUACAUCUUUUGUGGGAACACUGCAGUAUCUGGCCCCAGAGCUCUUUGAGAAUAAGCCUUAUACAGCCACUGUUGAUUAUUGGAGCUUUGGGACCAUGGUGUUUGAAUGUAUUGCUGGAUAUAGGCCUUUUUUGCAUCAUCUGCAGCCAUUUACUUGGCAUGAGAAGAUUAAGAAGAAGGAUCCAAAGUGUAUAUUUGCAUGUGAAGAAAUGACAGGAGAAGUUCGGUUUAGUAGCCAUUUACCUCAACCAAAUAGCCUUUGUAGUUUAAUAGUAGAACCCAUGGAAAACUGGCUUCAGUUGAUGCUGAAUUGGGAUCCUCAGCAAAGAGGAGGACCUGUUGAUCUUACUUUGAAGCAACCAAGAUGUUUUGUAUUAAUGGAUCACAUUCUCAAUUUGAAGAUAGUACACAUCCUAAAUAUGACUUCUGCAAAGAUAAUUUCUUUUUUGUUACCACCUGAUGAAAGUCUUCAUUCACUACAGUCUCGUAUUGAGCGUGAAACUGGAAUAAAUACCGGUUCUCAAGAGCUUCUUUCAGAGACAGGAAUUUCUCUGGAUCCUCGGAAACCGGCCUCUCAAUGUGUUCUAGAUGGAGUAAGAGGCUGUGAUAGCUAUAUGGUGUAUUUGUUUGAUAAAAGUAAGACUGUAUAUGAAGGACCAUUUGCUUCCAGAAGUUUAUCUGACUGUGUAAAUUAUAUUGUACGGGACAGCAAAAUUCAGCUUCCAAUUAUACAGCUGCGUAAAGUAUGGGCUGAAGCAGUGCACUAUGUGUCUGGGCUGAAAGAAGACUAUAGCAGGCUCUUUCAGGGACAAAGAGCAGCAAUGUUAAGUCUUCUUAGAUAUAACGCUAACCUGACAAAAAUGAAGAACACUUUGAUCUCAGCAUCUCAGCAACUGAAAGCUAAAUUGGAGUUUUUCCACAAAAGCAUUCAGCUUGACUUGGAAAGAUACAGUGAGCAGAUGACUUAUGGGAUAUCCUCAGAAAAAAUGUUAAAAGCAUGGAAGGAAAUGGAAGAAAAGGCUAUCCACUAUGCCGAGGUGGGUGUCAUCGGUUACCUGGAGGAUCAGAUCAUGUCUCUGCACACUGAAAUCAUGGAGCUGCAGAAGAGCCCUUAUGGAAGACGUCAGGGAGACUUGAUGGAAUCUCUGGAACAGCGUGCUAUUGAUCUGUAUAAGCAGUUAAAGCACAGACCUUCAGAUCACUCCUAUAGCGACAGCACGGAAAUGGUGAAGAUCAUUGUGCAUACUGUUCAGAGUCAGGACCGGGUUCUCAAGGAGCUGUUUGGUCAUCUGAGCAAGUUAUUGGGCUGUAAGCAGAAGAUUAUUGAUCUACUGCCCAAGGUGGAAAUGGCCCUCAGUAACAUCAAAGAAGCUGACAAUACUGUCAUGUUUAUGCAGGGAAAGAGACAGAAAGAAAUAUGGCAUCUCCUUAAAAUUGCCUGUACACAGAGUUCUGCCCGGUCCCUCGUAGGAUCCAGUCUAGAAGGUGCAGUAACCCCUCAGGCAUCAGCAUGGCUUCCUCCAAAUUCAGCAGAACGUGAACAUCCUCUGUCAUGCGUGGUAACUCCUCAAGAUGGGGAGACUAUAGUACAAAUGAUAGAAGAAAAUUUGAACUGUCUUGGCCAUUUAAGCACUAUUAUUCAUGAAGCAAAUGAGGAACAGGGCAGUAGAAUGAUGAAUCUUGAUUGGAGUUGGUUAACAGAAUGACUUGCUACUUAUUCAGUGUGCCCAAACUGACGGAGAUUGUUGCUGCACAUGCAGGAAAUUUGUUUUUCUCCCAUGAAAAUACUCUUCAGACACCAACAAAUGGAAGAAAUGGCUAUGAUCAGAAAAAAUGCAAGAUUUUACAAGCACGGUAUUUCGACUUUGGGAAAUUUUAACCCCUAAACAGAAUUUUAACCCGUGAACAGAGAAUUUUAAACAAGUCAGUGGACUUGUUUAAAUAUGAUAGCUACUUAAGCAUAUCAUGGCAAUCCAUUUGUCUUCAAACAUGAUAAAACACUUAACUGACUAAAAACCAUCUUUUACCACUAAAUUUUGGGCAUAAGGCCAAAAGUAUCAUCGAUAUGCAGAAAACAAAACCUCAACUAAUGUAUGUGUUGUAAGUAAAAGUUGUUUGCCUGUUUUUGUGGGAGAGAUUGGUCUCAAGUAAAACUGUAUUUCAUGAAGAAUAAACUCUACCUCCUUUUGUUGCAUUCAGAAAUGCUCUUCCUGGCAACAUAAGGAGUUGACUUAAUUUUAAUUUUACUGCACAUUUGAUAAUAUCCCUUUCCUAUAGAAGGAAUUGUGCAUCUGUGCCUUUAAUAAGUUGAUUCUCAUCUUGUUAAAUGUGCUGUGUGUAUAUGUAUUUAAGAUGUACAUUUAAUAAUAUCAAGAAGAUGCCUGUUAAUUUAUAAUGUGUUUGAAAACUGUUGUUUUUUCAUUUGUAAAAAUGGGUCAUUUGUUUAACGAAUUUUUCAUGUCUUGUCCUACAAAUUUAUAAAGAUCUGCACUCCCUUAUCUGUAAUUCCAAAAUCAAAACUCUGAAAACAAGGUUUUUCAUAAGCUUGGUAACAAAACUCAUUUGCUUGAAAAUCUAACCUGAACUGACAUUGAAUCUAUUUAUCCCAUUUAGUGUGAAUAUUCAUUUAUUUUGCUGUGGAAAUAUUAACAUAUUUGAUUAUUGGGAGUGGGAUGGGGCUGCCACAGACCCUGCUGGGUGUUUAUGUAGUAUGGUAUAUGCACUGAAUUACCUUUCUAAAAUCCAAAAAUUUCAUAAUUCUGAAACAUCUUGUCCUAAGGGUUUCAGAUAAAGGAUUGUGGAUCUAUCACCUCAUUAAAUAAUUUAGAAGGUAUUAUGUGUUUUUAAAAAAUGUGAAAUGCUUUUAUAUUAUAGUUUUCCACUUUGUGUAUUAAAUGAUUUUUAAAUUA